AGGAAUCCCCACGAUCGCACCCUCCAUAUAAAUGCCCUCGCCCCCUCUCGCCUCCAUUCCUCCAGCUCGGCCGUCCAAGCCAGGUCUUCCCAGCUCGAUCUGCCCCGGAAGCCAGAGGAGGAGAGCAGAGGAAGGCUAUGGGCAACACCGGGAGUACAUCUCCUGCAAGCUUAGGAAAGUCUCAUGUUCCACAUUUACAAUGGAAGGUUCCUGACUUCUCAGCGCUACUUGAGACAGGAGCCAUGUCAGCAAAAUCUGCUCCUUUUCACUGCUCCGGGUAUAAGUGGUUCCUGAAAGUGACACCACCAAUGCAUCAAAAACCUGGCGCUGAAACUCCAUAUGUUGGUCUUUCUCUUAAACUAGGCCGGACAACCCUGAAGCCGGGUGACACGGUAAAUGCCGUGUUUGAGUUAUCAGUAUACAAUCAUGCAAAGAAGAUAUACUAUGGACGCAAAGCUAGCCACAACUUUGAUUUGAACAAUACAUGCUCCAAGAAUGAAUGUUUGAUUCCUCUUCAGAAGCUACUAAAAUCAUCUGCUUUUCUAGUUGAUGAUAGCUGUGUCUUUGGUGUUAAGAUAUUGAAAAUUAAAGUAUGUUCUCCUGAAAAGAAGGCUGUUAUGGUUCUGAAGAAGGCUACCACACUUCAGAACCUUUUUAUCCAGAAGAAAGGGCUCAUCAAAGGGACCUACACCUGGACCAUGGACAACUACCAUGAAUUGGACUUGAAGCGCUAUGUUUGUUCUCCUACAUUUGAAGUCAGUGGACAUAAAUGGCAUGUUGGCAUGUAUCCGCAUGGAUGCAGACACAUCACCGGCCACAUCUCCUUGUUCGUAUACCUGGAGUCCUCGGAUAAGCUCUGUGACGAGUCCGGGAAGGUAGUUGAAUUGACUCUAUCCAUCCUAGACCAAAAGAACGGGAAACACUCCACCAUCACUUCAGGUCUCUCAGUGUUUGCAGGUGAUAGCAGCUGGGGAUGGCCCAAGUUCCUUACAGUCGAUAAAUUCAAGGAUCCGUCUCGAGGCUAUGUCCUAGGAUCGAGAUGCGUCGUCAAGGCAGAUUUCACUGUCGUUGGCUCCUCCAAUGAUGGUUAGAUCUUUAGCUCAUGGCCCUUGCAUCCUACUACUUGCUAGUAUUGUGUUAAGUUUUUGCCAUAUUGUUUUGGUAGCAGUGCUAACACGACCAUCAUAUGGUGCUAACGACAAACUUAGCACUGGAAGUUGAAAACAUGUUAGUUUUAUUUUGGGCAAUGUGAUGUUAGAAACUACUCCCUCCGUUCCAAAUUACUCGUCGCAGAAAUGGAUGUAUCUAGAACUAAAAUACAUCUAGAUACAUCCAUACCUGCGACAAGUAAUUCGGAACAGAGGGAGUACUUCAAUACGGAUGAUGCAAUCAUUUCGUUUGGCUUAUUAUCUCGCUAGUACAAUUUAAGUUUCUACCAUCUCUCCUCACUUUGUCCUGGUCCGCCAAAUAGAUUUUGGUGUUGGUGCUGUUAUUGGAGAGACAUAGGCUUGCUUGUUUGCAAGAUAAGUUCAGAGAUUGACACUUGCUGUUACAUGAACGAGGAAUAAUCUUAAUAUCAGUUACAGCUGGA